CCCAUAUCCAGAAUCUCCUCAUCUACUCCCAAAAUCAAUUUCCAAACUUUCCCCAAAACAUGGCUUCCACCUCCGACCCAAGAACGCCGGACACCAGAGUUCGAAUCCUCUCAACAGAAACCAUCCACGCCAACAACACUCAAACUCUUCUCGAACGGAUUCCCCUCACCGCCUGCGACCUCCGCCUCAUCCUCGUCGGCACCAUCCAAAAGGGUCUCCUCUUCCGAAGCCCGACCGAUGAUCAUCCCAUCUCUCGUCAGGCCUUCAUCGAAAACCUGAAAUCCGCCUUCUCCAAGGCUCUUGCCCUCCACUACCCAUUCGCCGGCCGAUUCUCCGCCGACGAACACCCUGACGGCUCCGCCACCGUCUACAUCGACUGCAACGACGCCGGGUGCCCGUUCCUUUACGCCGUCGCUGACGGCGUCACCGUCGACGAGGCCUUGCGGCAGCCUUUCGCCGUCCCUCCCGCUCCCGUCAUCUGGUCGUUCUUUGCCUUCCCCGACCUGAAGAACUACCACGGAUUCACAAGGCCGCUGAUGUCGAUUCAGAUAACCGAGCUCGUCGACGGAGUGUUCCUCGGCUGGACGAUCAACCACGCCGUCGCGGACGGGACCACCCACUGGAACUUUCACCGGAUCUGGUCAAGUAUCUGCCGCGGAUCUGGCGAUUACUCGCCGCCGGUGUUCACCAGAGAUUCGUCGCUCGAUGCGAUGCACAAAGAUGUCAGAGUUCCCUGGUCGAGAAUCAGGGACUUCAACGAGGACAGUCUCGUCGUUCCACCGUUGAAGGAAGGCACCUUCCACUUCAGCAGGAAGAAAAUCGCCGAAUUGAAAGCCAAAGCCGCCGCCGAACUAGCCGGGUCUCGCCAGAUCUCGUCUCUCCAGGCCCUGAUUUCGCACCUCUGGAGAGCCGUGACCAGAAGCCGCACGGACCAGGAUCCGGAAUCCGAGGCCCGGUUCGUGAUCCAGGUGGGCUUCCGGGGCCGGUUCGAGCCCAAGUUCCCGGCCCAUUACUUCGGGGACGCGAUCGGAGGGGGGACGGUCACGCUGAAGGUGAAAGAUCUGGUGGCGGAAGGGAGCUUGGGACACGUGGCGGCGGAGGUGAACAGGGUGGUGGCGGAGACGACGGACGAGAAGCUUGAGGAGGCGGUGGAGAAUUGGAUCAAGUCUCCGGAUAUGAGAGGGCUGGCAGACUUUACGGAAGGAGGGCUGGUGCUGAGUGGAUCGCCGAGAUUCGACGCCUACGGGACGGAUUUCGGGUGGGGGAAGCCGGUGGCGGUGAGGAGCGGCUGCGCGAACAAAUACGACGGCAAGGUGACGGUGUAUCCGGGGCCGGAGCCGGGGAGUAUGGGGUUCGAGAUUUGUCUGUCGCCGGAGUGUUUUGAUCGUCUGAGAAGGGAUUCGGAGUUCAUGGCUGCCUUCACCGAAUAAAUUGGUGUUUUGUUCAUUUUCCGGUGGGAAUGAUUUGAACUUCUUUACGAUUGGGUGAUCUCGGAGUUCAAUUAUUGGUGCGGAAUUUUAUGUGAAUUGAUUGAUUCGAGUCCUUUCUGAUUGGGCGAUGAUGUGGUGUUUUUGAAAGAUUGGACCUUUUUCUGCCUUAUUCACACUUCUUGUACUAGUCUUUCCGUUCUGUGCUGGCCUUGCCGGCGCGGCUGGAAUGGUCGCUAAACGUCAGAAUUCGUCACAAGGACUAUUUAGCGACAACUAGUUAUGGUUGCAACUGGUAAAACCAUAUGAUCUGGGUGUUGUACAACAGUCAUUAUUGGUUUCACUGCAAACAUUACAAAGCUGAGCAAACUCGAGGUAGAGUCGAUUGUCGAGAAUCGAGACAUCAAUCCAGAAUGGUAAUACGCUCCAGAGGCAAAUGCAAAUAAUAUUUCUGAGUGCAACGAGAUCAAUGGCUAAAACUUAUCCAUGCUCAAAAGGAGAUGCCAUUGGUACAAUCAACAAUAGAAAAAGAGUUCGAAACCAUUCAAUUUUGUUCAUGGCGGAAUGCCAUUUACAUAUUAUUGAACUAAGCAGGGGGGGAGGGAAUCAAAGAUCCACGUUUUGUGGCUGGAUUGAAUCACUACAGCGGGCACUCUUUCUCAAAUGCUUGUUGCUCCUUGCGGCACAGAUCAAACUCGUUUGUGUUGUAGUACAUGCAGCCAACGUAAUUGUCCAUUUGUGUCGUGCACCUCUGGUGUAAAUCUUUCAGCCUGCAAUCAAAACAGAUCAUUGAAUCUUUGUCGUACUGCUGCCUAAAGAUAGAGCAUUUCUGCAAGUCUAUGGAUGAAUGUUUUCUAUGUCAAUGAUGUAAUGUUGGAAGUGCAAGCAAUCGUUAGGCAAGCAGGAAACUGUGGCCCUGAACAGGACUUUCACAAAUGUGAUAUUGCAACCGAUCAACCUUUCUGGAUAGGGAUUGUCAACAGCAAAUGGAUGCCAUGUAAAUAUGCCGUUAGCAAACCAUGGCAGCUGGGCAUGCAGGGAAAUGCAACCAACUGAGGGCAAAAGCCGGUAGUUAAGUAAAAGUUUUCUUCAGAGUUCAGACUAUACAAAUCAUGAUUCAUACAGCUCAAAGCUCACAUAUCUAUCUAUAAAAUGAACAUAAGAGGGGUCA